AUGGUUUCUCGGAACCUUUUUCGGAAAGGAGAGGAUUUGGAUAUGUGGGUGUACAUAACAGAGGGUGAGAAGUUUAACAAUUUCCAAGACGAGUCGGCACUUGUAUGGACGGAGUCCGGAAUUCCGUACACGAUGUACGAUGCUCCUGCCGCUCGAAGGACCCUUGAGUUUACCUAUUAUCCUUCCAAGGCUGUAACGGAGGGUAAUGGGACUGUCUUUGCACAUGUGUACUUUGCAAAGUCUGGGUACUCGCCAGACCCAACAGAUCAGCUGUACGAGCGAUCUUCAACGUUUUCAAAGACCCACCCACUAGUUGCGUAUUAUCCUCGUCCUAAGGUGGACACACGGAAGCGGCUUCUGGGAGGGGGAUCAGAUGCGAAUGACACUGCAGGCGAGCCACCUCCACCAUCUUCCAAGGUAGCAGCAGAUAGUGAGGAGAAAGGUGACGCAACAGCAGUGGUACCAGAGGAAGUGGAGUGGAUUGGCUUCUGGAAGCCGAAUCUCACCAUUUCACUCAUUGACGACUUCACUGCGUAUCCUCGAACAGCGAUUCCUGAGAUUUUCCACAAACACAUGACGUUUGACGAGGGCACAGGCAACUACUUUCCCACGCUGCACAUGAACGAGUUCUGGCUGCUGCGGGACAAGCUCCUCCAGCUCAAUGCCACUGUCUCCGAGGUGCCGCUCUCAUUGGUCGUGGAGACGCUGCCGCUGUGGCGCUGGCAGAUCUACCUCUCCAUGGACCAGAGCUUCAAAAUCCAGCAGCAGUUCGGCACCGCCAUGGAGUCAGAGUCCGAUGAACUUAAGAGGGUGUUUCUGGAGGGCAACCCCAUUCUCCUGGGCAUUACAGUGGUGGUGUCCCUCCUGCACUCCGUCUUUGACUUCUUUGCCUUCAAAAACGACAUUGCGUUUUGGAAUCAGAACAAGUCAAUGGAGGGGCUGUCCGCGCGCUCAGUGGUGAUCAACUUCGUGUGCCAGCUCAUCAUCUUCCUUUAUCUCCUUGACAACAACACGUCUUGGCUCAUCCUCAUCUCCUCCGCCAUCUCAUGCGGGAUUGAAUUCUGGAAGAUUGGCAAGGCCAUGCAUGUUGAGAUUGAUCGUUCAGGCACCAUUCCCUGGUUGAGGUUCAGGGACCGCGAGUCGUAUGCGCGCAACAAGACCAAGGAGUAUGACGCCCUCGCCAUGCGCUACUUCUCCUACGCGCUCUACCCACUCGUCGCCGGCUAUGCCGUGUACUCGCUCAUAUACGAGACGCACAAGAGCUGGUACUCCUGGGUGCUCAACUCCCUCACCGGCUGUGUCUACACCUUUGGGUUCAUCAUGAUGUGUCCGCAGCUGUUCAUCAACUACAAGCUCAAGUCGGUGGCACACCUGCCAUGGCGGCAGAUGACCUACAAGUUCCUCAACACCAUCGUGGAUGACCUCUUUGCCUUCGUUAUCAAGAUGCCCACGCUGCACCGCUUGUCUGUCUUCAGAGAUGACAUCAUAUUCCUCAUCUUCCUGUACCAGCGCUGGAUCUACCCCGUCGACAAGAAGCGCGUCAACGAGUUCGGGUUCGGAGGGGAACCCGAGGGAGCCGCACUGACUGCUGCUGGCGCUGAUGGUGCUGCGGGUGGUGCUGAUGGUGCUGCGGGUGGUGCUGAUGGUGCUGCGGGUGGUGGUGCUGAUGCGGCUGCUGCUGCUGGUGAUAGCGCGUUCUUUAUCUGCAUGUUUACACCUUUCUCAUUGUAG